AAAUAUGAGGGCAAACAGAGCAUCAACGACAGUACCUCCACGCCCCCCGGUUCCUAGUGAGAGAAAAACUAAGAGAAAAGAGGAAAACAGGAGAAAACAAGAUCCACCUCGAACCUCUCUUCUUCAUCUUCAACCCUUUUGCGACUCCAAUUCUUCAUAAUCCAUCAUCCACCCCCCUUGUUCUUCAUCUCCUUUAUCUUGAUUUUCAGAAUCAUCGUUGCCCGUCUUCCAUUUUCUCUGUUUUUCUGUGUUCUUCUGAUUCUGCCAUGGAUUUUUGUUUCUGGGUUUUGUGUAUUUCUGUUGAUUUGUGUUGCUAAUCGUGUUUAUUGACUUGGGUUCUCUUUAGUUUCUGGAAAUUUUUGCUGUUUUUGGUGUUCUUCUUGAAAGGGGGUUUCAGUUGUUGACCAGGAGGAAGAACUGUGAAGUGGGUUGGAGUUUGAUUGGGGAAAUAAUGAGGGAAGAACACUCCAAUUGGUUCUCGAGAUGGGAAGAGGAGCUUCCAUCUCCGGAUGAAUUGAUGCCUCUUUCUCAAACCCUAAUAACUCCCGAUCUAGCUUUGGCUUUUGAUAUUCAGAAUUCCAGUAAUACCAGUCCGCCCUUGCCCUGCCCAUCUCCCCCGCUUUCGAAUCCUCUCCCUGGCUCCGGCAAUGGAAUUGCGCCCCCCAACUCGGCGGAUUUCGGUGAUUCCGCCGAUUUGGGUUCUGGCGCUGCUAGCGACGAACCGGCUCGAACCCUCAAGCGGCCGCGUCUCGUUUGGACACCUCAACUCCAUAAGCGAUUCGUCGAUGCUGUUGCUCAUUUGGGUAUCAAAAAUGCCGUCCCCAAGACCAUAAUGCAGCUCAUGAGUGUCGAUGGCUUGACCAGAGAGAACGUUGCUAGCCAUUUGCAGAAGUACCGCCUCUAUCUCAAACGGAUGCAGGGCUUGUCCAGCGGCGGCGGUGGUGGUGGUGGUGGUGGGUUGGUUGCUUCCUCGGACCCCACUGACCAUUUGUUCGCUAGCUCCCCAGUUCCACCCCAUUUGCUUCACUCAGCUCGCUCCACUUCAGACCAUUUCUUGCCCUUUGUUCCAAUGGCCACUUUACAGCAACACCACCAUCACCAGCAGCAUAUGGCUGCUGCUGCUGCUGCUGCUGUCGCCGGGCAUCCACAGCUCCAGCCGUCAUAUCAUCGACAAGUCGGGCAUUUCGGGUCGCCCCCGAAUGGCCAGUUUGAGCAUCCAUUUUUAGCUAGACAAUCCCAACCAGUCCAUAGAAUGGGUGCACCAGUGCAUAACUCAAUCCCUAAUUACAUUGAGGAUUUGGAAUCAGCCAAUGCCAAUGGAGGAAGAAAAGUUCUCACCUUAUUCCCUACUGGGGAUGAUUGAGAGCAUGUUCUAUUCUAAUUCUUGUGGAAAUUGGUAUAAAUCUCAUAUGGGUCUGAUCUGAAACUCUAAAUGUUAUCUUAGUUGUUCAUUAGCUCACUUCUUUUACAAAUAGGUAGAGACACAUCCCUUAUCCCGUUCUUUGUUGGUUGCUAUCUAUCAUACCGGACGAUGAUUGGUUCCUCGUCGUGUGGCUCGAACGGAUAAUAAUGGCAUUAGAUUUUUGUGGUUGCAGUUGUUUCUUGUGUAAUCAUCAGGGUGGAAAGGGUUGAUAGGUUGCAAUCCAAGAACCAGUUGAUGAUGAUUGGAGCAGACGUGAUAUCUAUGUAUCCUUAGGUCAGUUUUCUGCACUUUGUAUAUUAUAAAAGCUGAAAGAACUCAUUAACAUGUGAUGGUUGGUGUAUUGACAGUGUUAUAUGAACAUUUUUAUGUGAUCAUUUUGACAUCUCAGUUAAUCAAUCCAUAUUUUUAAUGUUCUUCCUCUA